GCCAAAUUAGUAAGGCCUUCAACCUCAGAGCAGAUUUGCUGUUGCCACUUCGCCCUAUUUACUUUCUUCUAACUUGUUUUUGACCUGGGAAAAGCCAUGGACAUUCUCCGUUUCUUGUGCGGCAUUCUUGGUAAUGUAGUCAGUCUGCUCCUUUUCUUGGCACCUAUGACCACGUUCAGGAGGAUCAUAAGGAACCAGUCAACAGAGCAGUUCUCAGGCGUCCCUUACGUGGUAACUCUUCUUAGCUGCAGCCUCUACACCUGGUAUGGACUACCGUUCAUGUCACCGGACAACCUUCUGCUUUUGAUCAUUAGCGUCAUAGGUGUUGUGAUUGAGCUCACGUACGUUUGGAUCUUCAUCACGUACGCACCAAAGAAGGAGAGGGCGAAGAUCAUGGUACUCUCUGGUCUUGCUCUGAUUCUUAUCUUAACAUUUGCCCUUGUCUCCCUCUUCGCCCUGCACAGCAAGACCCGGAAACUCUUCUGCGGCAUCAUGCUUGACAUUUUCUCUACUAUUACGUAUGCUUCACCUCUAUCGAUCAUGAUGUUGGUGAUCAAGACGAAGAGUGCAGAAUUCAUGCCUUUUUUGUUAUCGCUGCUCUUUUUCUUAUGCGGCAUCUUUUGGCUCGCAUAUGGCCUUCUUAAUCGGGACCCCUUUCUCAUCGUGCCUAAUGGAUUGGGGACUGGACUUGGGAUUGCGCAAUUGAUCUUGUAUGCUAAGUACCGCAAGAACCAGAGUCAUACAAAAAAACGAGGUUAGGGAUGAAUUCGGGGAGAUGGAUGUUGAAAAGACAGAUCAAAAUGAAGGAACCGAGU